AUGAGAUCCUGAUCUCAUAAUUAUGAGAUCUUUUCUCAUAAUUACGAGAAAAGAAAUCUCGUAAUUACGAGAUCAGGAGACACCUGAUCUCGUAAUUACGAGAUCAGGUGUCUCCAGCUUCCGUAUGCGCGUUUCCUCAAUGAUCAGCUGGCAUGAUGGCGCUGUCACAAUUAAUCUGCUAUUACCACCUUCUUGGUCUGAGACACUGGGAAAUACUGAUAUUUCUUAAAAAUGAGGAUGAUAUUAAUAUUAGUAUGUCAACACUGCGCAGGCAUCUCAAGUCGUUGGGAUUGUUCCGGCGGAAAGCCCAGUCUGACGUGCUGGACAUCGCUCUCUUUCUGCAGGAGCAGUUGAACCAAUACGGUAUGCUUCAUGGAUACAAAUUCAUGCAUUUGAAAUGCAUCCAAGAUGGUUUGGUAGUGACUCAGAGAGCUGUGCGGCACCUGCUUAAAAUCCUAGAUCCUCAGGGAGUAGAGCUGAGGCAACGGAACCGUCUAAGAGGACGCCUGUAUGCAAACCCGGGCCCCAACUUCUUAUGGCACAUCGAUUCCUACGACAAACUGAAACCAUAUGGAAUAUGUAUUAACGGUGCUGUUGAUGGAUUUUCACGUAUGGUCAUUUGGCUGCAUGCUUAUACCACCAAUAGCAACCCCAGAGUUAUUUCUGGUUACUUCAUUGAUGAAGUUGAAGACAGGAGCGGCGCGCCCACACGAAUCAGGGCAGACCUGGGCACUGAGAACCGCUCAGUGGAGCAGGUGCAGAUGUUUUUAAGAGGUACCCAUGACGAUGAGUUCAGUAAGAGAUGCUACAUUACCGGUUCAAGCAAUCACAACCAAAGGAUUGAACAAUGGUGGGGAUUUUUAAGGAAACACCAUGCACAAUUCUGGAUCAAUGUAUUCCAAGAUUUAAAGGACCAUGACCACUUCUCAGGGGACUUCAUCGACAAAAAUCUCAUACAAUUCACAUGCUUGGAAAUAAUUGAGAGAGAGCUGCAGGACCUUGCUAACCUGUGGAAUUGCCACAGAAUUCGCCCCAGUAGGAAUGCAGUUUCUCCAAGUGGACGACCACUAUUGGUGUACAACCUUCCCCAUCUGUUUGGCACCACAAACUACAUCAAGGCAGUAUCCCAUCAACAGAUCCAGGCUUGUAGAGAGGAAUGCCUGCCAAGAGGUCCAUAUCCAUGUGAUGAGACUGUUUUUGACAUUUGCUGCCUUGCAAUGUCAGAAAACUAUCUGCACCCACCUACUUCUUCUGAGGAGGCAAUUGAACUCUACCUUUUCUUACAAGCCUACAUCCACACUCAGAUUUAAUAGGUGUUCCCAGACAGACAGCAGCGACCUGCAGAAAGAUAACUAGCCAACCGGUGAAUUUUAACUUUAAAAUUGCCUGUAACUGACCUGAAAUAUCAUUGUCACUGUUAUU